CCGCGCUGCGGAUCGUCCGGAGCGGUGAGUCCAGGAACAAGAAGAGCUUCGAGUCUCGUAUCAGGAAUACGGAUUAGAGUCCUCGUCGGUGUUGUUCCUCGUUCAUUCAUUGUAAGUGAAAAUGGCGGCCUUGGCGGGUAUUCGGCUGUUGAUGAGGAACACCGGUUGCUUCAGGAACUCGUUCAGCCGAUUGCGAUGCACGAGUAGUGCACUCGUUCAGAUGCGAUGUGAGCAGAGGUUGUUGCAUCGUGCCGCGUGGACGACGCUUGUCGUACCGCAGGUAAAAUGCAAUCGUGGAUACUGUCAAGAUGUUACUAAAGAGAAACCGAAAUCGAUUAAGGAUAUCGAAGAGCGCGUAUUGAAGACUGUAGCCGGCUUAAGGGACACACGCAUCAAGCAGGUGCGCCAUUACAGUCAUAAGGAUCCGCUAACCCUUGAUAUUAUCAGUCAGCGGGUGCUCUUGGUUCUGAAACUUUAUGACAAAAUUGAACCCACAAAGCUGUCCUUGGAUUCACAUUUUAUGGACGACUUGGGUCUGGAUUCUCUGGAUCAUGUGGAGAUCAUAAUGGCGAUGGAGGACGAGUUUGGCUUCGAGAUUCCAGACAUGGACGCUGAGAGGUUACUGAAACCUAAGGAUAUAGUGUGUUACGUAGCGGACAAGGAGGAUAUAUAUGAAUAACAUGCCUUGAAUUAUUUAUGUCUACGCGAUUUAGUCAACAUCCGCCGUUGUUUCGAUUGGAAAUAACGUAUCACAGCGUUUUACCCUGCCGCUCUGUUUUUUUCUGUAUAUAGACACUUAUCAUUAUAUGAAUAAAAAAUAAGCGAAUUGUUA